AUCCUAUGAAGAACAUACAGGAACAGUACAGGCACCUUUUUCAUUCACUACAUAAACGCAGAUCUCCUGUCUGUAAAGCAUCAUGGCAUUUAUUGUGCACAUGAAAUGGUUUGUGAAUCUUCUGCUGCUGUUUGUUGUGCUUUGUGAACUGUGUUCUGCUGAAAGGACCAAAACACUGGACUUCGAUGUCAAACCUGGAGGAGUUGUGCAGACUUUCUCUGCAAAACUUAAGAAGUAUAAAUGCACCUUCACAUAUGCAUGCCAAGGAGGAACCAAUGAGCAAUGGCAAAUGAGUGUCGGACUAAGUGACGAUGAGCAAAUGUUUUCCUGUUCAGUAUGGAGGCCCCAAGGGAAGUCCUACUUGUUUUUUACGCAGUUCAAAGCCGAGAUAAAAGGAGCCAAGAUCGAGUACGCCACCGCAUAUUCCCAGACGGCCGUGGGUGGACAGAGGGAUGUUGCUUUGAAAGAAGAAGAGUACAUAGUGUCAGAGUCUGCAGUGACACAAAGAGAUGGAAAAUUCCAUUCGGAGCUUUCUAAGCUCACUGUCAUUGGUCGAAUACGGCAUGAUGAACUCUGAUUGGCCGAUUCGAAGGACGUUGGUUAUUUAACAGCUUUGGACACAAUUAUCUGCUCACGGUCACAAGUCAAGCGAAGGAAAUCACAGCACUGGACGUUCUGAAAAAUGAAUUUACUGUGAUAGAAAAGAUUUCUUACAGAUGCCAGUGGCCAAAGGUUGGAGUGAUCAUCUUAGAGAGGUAGACGAAAAGUCUGUUAUUGGAUAUUAUAAGGGGUAAAACAAAUUGUACAUGCACAUUUUUUUCAUAUUUGUAAGGUGUUAUGAAGGCUUCUUUAUAUUCAGUGCAGAACAGCAGAUUGAUUUCUGUUCUUGUCAGAAUUUAUGGGUUUUCUAGGGUUACAGUCUGACUUUGAUUCAUACCUGCAAAGCUGAUUAUCAAGAGUGCUCAUACUUACUUUCUUAGGCUGGUGUAAAGGCACGCUUGUAGACAAUUCCCACUAAAUCUUUGGGGUGUGUCAGAAUCCUUUGAGUAUUUCUGUGGUGGAGGAAAAAACAUCAAGAUGGUUACUACAGUUCCUUUUGUCUCCCAGUCAUGCUUUAUUCUGAUAACCGAUGUAUCGGAAUUUGAAUAAAUCUGUUAUCAGAACAAUUUGACUUCUGGCCUUACUAUUUGCUGACUUUGUAUACCUAAUAUUUUUGCGUAAAGUAAGUGAAUUGUGUCUGUUUGAAAGCAACAACCUCUGAGGGCUGUUUUUUUUGCACUCUUAAGGGUGCAAAAUGUGUGUAAUUCUGCUGCAUAAAAUUAAAACAAGCUACAAAUUUGCUGAUUCUGUUCAAGAUUUGUCCAGUCAGCUCUUUGAAAGGCUUGUCGGUAUCCCAACUGUGAAUAAAAGAGCCUGCAAUGCAAUUCACAAGCUAUUAAAGAAAUUAAUGUCUUGAGAACCAAAA